GCCGCCUUGGACAAAGGGAGGGGGCGGAAUCCCCUACAUACCAUACUGCAGUUUUUUUAGAAUUUUUAAUUUUUCUGGCUCUCUUUCUUUUUGGCUCCGGGGGCAAAAAACAGUCAAAGAAAGAAAGAAAGACAAAUAAAUACCCAUCCCCUCAUUCGCGCAGGCCUAUGAGAAGGCAAAUUAGGAUCGAUCGGGGAUGUUCAUGCUUGCGUGGUGUGUGACAAUUCACAUCACACACAAGCUCACAGCAGGGACCGCUGGAACACAUUACUCCUCCUCCGUCCUGCUAAAUAAUCUAUUCUUAUGGAGCCAAGAUCCGUAAACGGCUCAGGCAGCAGAGCGGAUCGUAGGUGAUGGAUAGAGAAUAUUCUCGAGCCAAGAUGUGCCACAUGGAAUGCUAAGUACAGCGCGUACACCGUAUCGUGCCAGGCGAACUCGGGUUGGGCCCUUGAUUCUGGGGGGAACUCACUCAGGAGCAAUCAGGAGUCACUAACUAAUAAGGAGUGGGAACAAGGAGGGAGGAAGUUUUAGCUGCGGAUUAGCAAAUGUCAGAAGUUAUAUAAAGUCCCCGCUGGAUAAAUUUGGAUGGUGUUUCAAACCCCCUCCCUGCGAAGUGCUGACAGCAGGCAGUUUUUGUAUGAUGUAGGUGAGCCUGCCCUAUCAUCAUCAGAAUAAAAAUAAUAAAUCUGAACCAAGAUCCUCCUCCAUCUGUCUGUCUGGAUAGGAUAGUCUGUCCGGAUAGGAUAGUCUGUCUGGAUAGCCUGGAUAGGACAAUAUGCCCAGCUGCACUAGGUGUGUUAGCGCUCAGGAUCUGAAAUUUCCCGUGCGAAUCAAGCGGGUUUUAGUUGCAAGGGGAAAUUGAUCAUCGACUGAAGUCUUCUUGCGCUUUCUUCCCGUCUCAUCUCAUCCUCAAGUCUCUCCAUCUCCAUCUCUCUCCGUCUCUCUCCAUCUCUCUCUCUCUCUCUCUCUCUCACCACCACCUCUACUGCUUUCUUCCUCUGCAUCCCUCUGCCCGUCCCUUCGAGGCUACAUCUCCCUUUUUUCAAAAGGAAGACAGUCAGCUGGCUGAAGCUAUUCAUUCCUUUUGCCUUCGUGCACUUACCGCCUCAAAGAGGACUCGCCCUUUUGCUUCUUGUUCUUGUUCUUCUUCUUGUCGUUCGUUUCAGCCGUCCAUAUUUCCCAAUUCUCCAUCCUACCCUCCCUUCAAGACAUCACUAUACAACCGUUGACCUGAGAGAGGCGGACUGUAUAGACAAAGCAACAAAAUAGACAAUAAAAAGGGAAUUGGCAUCGCCACUGGGAUAUACUCACUGGGAAAGGAAAGAAAAAGGAGCAGUUGUUUCUUGUUCUGAACGAAACGAAACAACCUCAUCCGCUGUUUAUUCACUGCGCACCGUGUUCUUUUAGGGGGGUCUUAUUAAUGUUUUAAAACAUCCCAAUCCACUUCCCAGCUGGAUGACUCGAUAAACGUCACUCCUUUGAUUCAUCAAUCAUCCCAUCAACACACUCCUUUUUUUCUUGUCGCGUCUGUCACUCUUUACACUGUUUCGCCCCGAGGGAAAUUGAGAUUGCAGGCUUUCCAAUCGUUCCUCCACUUUCAUUAUAUACGACGAACCUAGACUUCAUCCAGAAAAGCAACCUAUUAUCGAUAUUCCCGAGUCCGGACUCGAUACACACCGCCAUAUCAUAGGCAAACCAUAUACAUAUCUAUACCAAACAUGCAUUUGGGCAUCGUUUUCACCGCAGUUGUUGCGGCGACCAUCUCCCCGGCGUUGGCGUUCUGGCGUCUGCCAUGUCGGGGCCGUCUGGGCGUGGCCCGUCUUGAUCCACUGGUCAAUCCGGGUGCCAUCUCGUCUCACGCACACGUUAUUCACGGUGCCAGCAACUUCGGCAUGAGCGUCACUGUGGAUUCACUGUUAGCGUCUGACUGCACUUCCUGCGCUGUCAAGGAGGAUAAAUCCAUCUAUUGGACUCCCGCAACCUACUUCAAAUACCCCAAUGGCGAUACUGAAUUGGUGGACCAAGUCGGUGGUAUGCUUGUCUACUAUCUGCUGCGCGGAGAUAACGUGAAGGCCUUCCCAAAGGGCUUCCGUAUGCUUGCCGGUGACCCAUACCAGCGUAACUUCACCUGGCCAGUUCCAGACCCUCCCAAGUCCUCUUGGUCGGGGGCUCAAAGCUCCCAAUUUGCCCUCUCCCAAAAGGCAAUCGGUUUCAACUGCCUGAACUACGCGGGGGGCAAGAAUGAACCCACCCUCUUCCGCCACACCCUGCCAGACAAGAGCUACAUCGACGCCCACUGCCCUGAUGGCGUCCGCAUGGAGAUGAUGUUCCCAUCCUGCUGGAACGGCAAGGACCUCGACAGCCCCGACCACAAAUCCCACAUGGCAUAUCCCAGCCUUGUCGAGGACGGUGUGUGCCCCCAAGGCUUCGAAACCCGCCUCGUAUCCCUCCUUUACGAGACCAUCUGGAACACCGCCAAGUACAGGGGCGUCGAGGGUGAAUUCGUCCUCUCCAACGGCGACCCCCAGGGAAGUGGCUACCACGCCGACUUCAUGGAAGCCUGGGAGCCCGGCUCCCUCGAAAAAGCAGUGAAGACCUGCAGAAACCCCUCUGGCCGCGUCGAAGACUGCCCCGUCUUCACCCUUAUUUCCCAAGGAGAACAAAACAAAUGCAAGUUCAAGAUGCCCUCCAUCCUCGCCAACGAAGACUGCCAGUUCACCAAGGGCGGGCUUCCCGGCGCCGUCGAGAUCCUCCCCGGCCCCGCCUACGCCAAAUUACCCAAGAUCAAGGUCCCCGAAAUCAAGGCCCCGAAAAUCAAGCUCCCCGAGCUGAACGCCCCAGCGAAAGAUGCUGCCGGCCCGCUGCCAGCGGCAUCCACACCACCCCCGCCACCACCACCACCAGCACCAGCCGCAGCUACCCCUCCCCCUCCCCCUCCCCCACCCCCACCCCCACCUGCCCCCAAACCCUCCACAACCCCGGCCCCAGCCCCCGGCCAAUUCUUUGCGCCCAAAGAGGACUACAACGGAAACGCCACCCCGAUCUCCACGAGCACGUACACUGAGGGCAACGUCGUGUAUGAGGUUGUCAUCAUGGAGGAGAAGGUGACGACGACCAUUGAGCUGCCGGCGGGUGCGACCCCGCCUGCUGGAGCCAAGGCUGUGCGGAGGGCUCAUAAGCGUCAUGGACACGGGCAUUUCCAUUAAAAAGAGCUGGAGGGAUGGAAGCUUGUGAAGCUUGUUUUUGUGUUUUUUUUGUAUCUUUUUAUUUUCUCAUACUUUAUGGUGUGUGUGUGUGUGUGUGUGUGUGUGUGUGUAUGUGGUGGUGUCUAGCUAGCUGGGCGUGUGAUGCCCUGGUUAGAUUCGGGGAAGCAGGGGAAAGAGAUGGGAGUGGGUAGUGAGAUGCCUGUAGUUUUUAGGGAAGAGGAGAAGGAUAUUUUUUUUAUAUUUUUUCACAUAUUUUUCACCAUCUAUUUUAUCUCAAUAAGUUAGCUAGCCUCUGUGGAAUGUUAAAUAGGGUUGUAUUGUUUCCCCCCCUUGAUUUUGCCGUUUAGUUUUCACCCUUAGUAUCAUGCAUGCUCCACCUAUUUCUCCGAGAUCUCGUGCGGCUAUUGAAGAAUCUAUACGAAAAGUGAAAAGGGGUAAUAAUAACUUUCUU